CUUCCUUACUGUAAAAAUUACAAACGCGGAUAGUAGAGAUAGAAGAUGGUAAGAAAUGAACGAAUCGCGUGCUAAUGCAAACGAAUCUAAUCGAACAUCAUUCGCGACAACCGUGUAAUUCUCGGUAUUGUCGACGUAUUAAAGAUUUCAGUGACGAUAUAUCAUUUUACCUGAUAAUGAUGUAAAAAAGUAAAGUGAGCCUGAAAGGGGGGUAAGAGUUCGGCGAACGGAACGGCCAAAAACUCUUGCAGGCGAUGUCAAACAUGCGGCGACGAAUUUUGCAGAAAAAUCUACCAAAUCGACAGCGUGUUUUGGCCAAGAUUUGUCAGUGAAACCAGUGCCAAUGAGUGUGAAUAUAUGGCGGCGCGAGUACUUUUACUGAGCAUCUUGUUUACAGAAGUGUUAAAGCCCGCUUGUGCCGCAGGUGUCAAAGAAUUUGGAACCGGUUUACAUAACAAAAACGUAUCUAAAUCAGAAAAUUUCAACACUAGUCCAACCAAAGGUUCUGGCAUUACACUGGAAAUUGAACCAAGUGGUCAUGUGAUAUUAGGAAAAAGAGGAAUUACACUUAGUUGUAUAGCUGGAUCAAAUCAGAGUAUCUCUUGGUUACACAAUGGAGUACCAGUACCACCAUGUGGUAUUACACGCUGUACUGUUCUCAAAAAUGGUUCUCUUCACUUGUAUAAGAUGGUGCAGAAAUUUAAAGACAAAAAUAAUGCUACUGUUAAUGUUAGAAAUUAUGGUAAAGAUGAGUACCGUUGUGUAGCACAAACUAGUUUAGGACUCUUAAGAUCAUCUCCUACAUUUAUUCGAAUAGCAGAACUUGCCCAUGUAUUUAAAGAAUUAUCAGAAAAUAUAACUGCACAAGAGGGUGAAGUAGCAAGAGUGUCUUGCUUAAUAGAUAGUGUUCCUUUUCCUCCUAAUAUCACAUGGCAACAUAAUGGAAAAAUAUUGUUGCCCAAUCAGAGUAACUUAAAUACUAGAUAUAUUAUGGUACCACCAGGUGUUCUGUAUAUAAAAGCAACGAAGUUAUCAGAUGCUGGUUCAUAUAGAUGUAUAGUAACUAAUGAAUUCCUAAAGAAAACCAAAAAAAGUAAGGAAGCAAAAUUAUCUGUUAUCUCUCGACCAGAGGGUAAUGGAUCACAUACACCAUCAUCAUUGUUUCCACAAGUUUCAUACAAUCAUUGGUUAAUAAAUGGAUCAAAUAUUAGUUUAGUAUGUGCUGCAUCUGGGUAUCCACUUCCAUUUAUGACAUGGUCGUUUAUUCCUCGCUAUCCUGAUAAUAAUAAUGUUACACAACCUCGCAUUUUACUUAAUUCUAGUAUUGGUAUUAGUAUAUUAUCAUUGAUAAAUGUGAGCGCAUCAGAUGCAGGAGUUUAUAUAUGUUCUACAAAAAAUUUUGUUACAAAUAAUUCAGAGGUUCAGAAUGUAACAGUGGAUGUAUCAAUACCACCUUCAUUUUUGAAGACACCUACAAAUCAACUAUGUCCAAAUGGGAGAACUGCAAGAUUUGAAUGUCAAGCACAAGGGUUACCUGUGCCUAAAAUAUAUUGGUUGAAAGAUUCAUCAAAUAUUACAGUGAAUGGGCGUAGAACUAUAUAUGUAAAAGACUAUAACAAAAUGGAACUGGCAAUAUCAGCAACAGUUCCAUCGGAUUCUGGUAUUUAUCAAUGCGUUGCUGUUAAUUCAGCGGGAGAAAUAUGGGCCGCAGGUCGGCUUCAAGUAAAUACAACUCGUAAUAGUCCUGCUGCACCUACCUCUUUAAAAUGCCGUGCUCUGUCACCAGUUAAAAUUUUUAUUUCCUGGGAACCACCAAAGUUUCUACCACAUAACAGUAUUAAAGCUUAUACCGUCCAUUACAGUCCCGUAGAAGGAGGCAAAGAAGAAGUUUCUCCGCCUGAACCGGGUAAUUCUACGUCAGUAGAAGUGACGAAACUUCUCGAACCAUUUACGAAUUACUCUUUCUAUAUACGAGUGUGGAACAAUUAUGGUCCCAGCGAUCAAUCAGCCACCAUUUUGUGUUCUACAGCCCCGAGUGUUCCUAAAGGUACACCAAAAGUAAAAGCGAAUGUAAUUAGUAGUACAAAAUUAAAUGUAUCAUGGGAACCACUAACUAAAAAGGAGGCUCGUGGUAUUGUGGUACAAUACAAGUUACAAUACAGACUGCAUCAACAUUCAUCUAUUCGUGUUCUUUAUUUACCUGCUACUGUGGAAUCUUAUGCAAUUCCUGAUUUAAUACCUGGAGUACAGUAUGAGGUACGAGUAUUAGCAAAAACAAAACAAGGAUGGCCUAACCUGAGUGAAUCACAACUGGAAUGGACAACUGUAACUAUGCCAUCGACUGAAUCUAAUCAAUUCGUUAUCAAAAACAUUGUGGAUAUGCAAGUAUUAAUCAUAAAUGCUUCAAUUGUAAAAGUAAAAUGGAAAAUAAAUGUUAAAGAAAAUGAUAAAAUUGCAUCAGAAUUUGAUCAUUGGCAAAUUUAUUGUGAAAAUCAAAGUGGACAUAAAUUAGAUACUAUUUUUUUACCAAAAAAUGAUACUGAAUACGUAUUUACUAAUCUUGAUGUAAAUGUUUCUUAUACGAUGGGUUUAUGUAUGAUAAACUCGGGUGAAACAACAGGCUGUUUAACGAAACAAAUAGGAACUAUUCUACCUGAUACAAAUAAUGUACCAAUAGCCCUGGAAGCUAUUCCCGUUUCACCUACUUCUAUAAGUGUGACGUGGUCAUUGAAUGAUGAGCAAGAAGUGAAUUCCUUUGAAUUAUGUUAUCAAGCAAUUCAUGCAAUAAAUUUAGAUGGUCCUAAAUGUAUUAUUAUAAAUGAUACCAAGGCAAAUAUUGAUAAACUCAAACCGUUUACAUUAUAUCAGUUUAAAGUAAGAGCUAUUAAAAAUAAUACAAACCAAAGCACUUUUUACAGUGAAUCGGUAGAAUGUUAUACAAAUGAAGACAUUCCUGGUAAGGUAGAAGAAGUACAAUGGUAUUUAGUAAACAAUACGAAAGUUCGAAUCGCAUGGAAGGAACCAAGUAAUAUAAACGGUAUUAUACAAAAUUAUUUUGUUGUGUACACCAUGGAUUUAAUGGAUUCGACUACAACGUGGAGAAAUGUGACGGUACCUGGUAAUAAAACUUCGACGACUUUACCUGGUUUAAUUCCGGGGAAACGAUAUUUUGUCAUGGUGCAAGCAACCACAAAAGCUGGUUACGGUAAACCAUCGGAUCCCAUAAUUAUUAUUACUGGUGGUAGUACGUCGAAAGUACCUUCUUCGCCGAAUGAACAAGAGCCACCACAUAACACGAAACCUGAUCAAAGCCUCGGCGUAAUUCUUGGUGUUAGUAUUAGUAUUGGAUUUAUUACAAUCUGUUUAUGUAGUAUAUAUUGUCGAAAAAAAUGUCAAAAUGCGCGUCUUUCAAGAGAAAAUGCACAAUCGGGGAAAAGUCGUGUAUUAACACGAAAUGGGAGUAGAUGUUGUACGGAUCAAUCUUCUACAUCGGUGAAUCAACAGACGAAUAGUAGAGUGUCGCCUAAUGAAAUUGAACUUGCUGUUCUUUGUCCAUCAUCUCCCAUUACAACUAAUUCUCAUUUAGAUACGAAAGGUGGAAAAUCUAAUGGGAUUCUUGAAUCGUGUGCGAAAGAACCUUUAUUACCAUCAUGGGAACUAAACGGCGAAACUAAAGAUAUCCACGUAACAAAGAAUUCACAGUACAAAACGAAGGACAGUGUUGUCUUAAACAAACAAAAACAAGAGCAAGAGCCCGAACAAGAUCUAGAGGUUAUACAGCUCACAAUGGUCAAUUGUACUUUAGGCAGUAGUAGUAGCAGUUUAAAUAAUAACUCUGGAUGUACAGACGGAGAUACGUCCUUACCAAAAUCUAUGUGUAUAUCUGUUCCGGCACUUGGACCAAAUGGAUGAAAACAUUAGGCAAUAUAAUUACGUGUUCACGUUUGCUUACCAUGUGAAUGUGCAACAAGUAAAAUGAAGAAAUGUUCAUACAGUUUAAAUCAAUUGCAAGGUAUGUAUACAUACGACUGUACAAAUAUGUGUAUACACAUACGCAUUAACGCGAAUUAAAAGCAACAAGAACGAAAGAAAGCAGAAGCAAAUUACUACAUUUUACAAGUUUAACAGAGUGUGACUUGUAAAUGAAAGUACUGAUGCAUACCUGUACAUGAUUAAUGUAAAUAAUAGUGUUUUAAAAAUCUGUCGAAUCUGGACAUUUUAGCUGUUACCUUGUACAUAACUUUUCGAAGCAAGUUAUUUCUGUUGAUCCAGUAUCCCGAUAUUUACAGUUUGACAAAACUUCUGACAAUUCUUAUAUUUAAUUUUACAUAAAACGAUACUGUGGCACAGAUGAAUCAUUCAAAUGAUACUUAACAAAAUAUUCAUUAAAUAACUUGCUCAUAUAACAUAUAUAUAACAUACUGAAUUGACACUUGUAGAACGGCAGAAAAAUAUGAAAUUGAACAUUAAACAAAUAGGAUAGUACGAAAAUUUUCGAUGAUCUUGUAAAUAAGAUGUCUGUUUAUUAUAUGUUCAUAAAAUACUACGUUUUAAAUAAUAAUUAAAAACAAGUAAAUAAUGCAUUCCUUCGCAUUACAACAAAAAACAAAAUUAUUAAAUAUCCAAGUUACGGGUAUGGCCUAAUCUAAAUCAUAUGUUGCUUUUAAAGAGAGCGAUAGUACUGAUCAUUCCACAAUUUUAAGUUUCCUGUUAACUAAAGUUCAAUAGACAUGGAAGAAUUUUAGGUUUUAAGAAAUUUAGAAAAGAAAAAUACUAAUCAAAUUUUAAUUAAUACAUUGAAAAUAUAGCUUAGAUUUUCUUUUUAUUACAAAUAUUAUAACAAAGUACACAUAUACCACUAAAGAUUUUGGUAAAUAUUUAUUCUAUUGAAGAAUACGACGUUAUCAAGCAUUUUUUAAAAAGUAAUUGAAAUGUUAAUAUUAAUUUAACACAAUUUUUUUUAUAUUACAUGUUGAUAAUUGUAUUAUAUGCUAUUAAAAUGUAUGAAAAGAACAGGAAAAAGUAGAAUUAAAAAGAAAUGAUCAAAUUUUUAUAAUGUAUACACAGAUGUAUGUAAGUAUAAAAAAAAACUGAAUCAUAUAUUGAAAAUACUGAUUGAACAAUUGGAAGUACUGAAUAUAGUCUAUAUAUUUUUUCCUGUUCACUAUGACAGUCUAAACAAUAGAGAUCAAUCUUCUGUUGUACAAGACGUAUAAGGUUAACUAUAUCAUACAAAUGCAAAAACAUGAAACAAAACUACAAACAUAUUCCAGACUGGUGCAUGUUACCAUGACAAAAAACCCAAUACAGUACCUGAUAGAAUAAGCUAUAUCUUUUAGAGUGAGACAUAGAUAUGUCAUGUUAUUAUUGUACCUCCAUUAAUUGUUAUUUAUUACAUUUUAUAUUCAGUACUAUUUUAAACGAUCACAUUACACUGAAUUAUGCAAUAACAUAAUCACUGCAAGCACAGUAUAAAAUCAUGUAAAAAAAUAGAAUUACUUCAAUAUGCACAUAUUAGAGAUUUUAUCGUAUAUUUAUUACACAGAUUUCUACAUCUUUAUAUAAAAUAAUUUGUUAAACAUAUAAUUUAAAGUCAUUGCUGAAAAAUGAUUUUGCCUUAUAUUAAGGAGAGGUGGUUGCUCUUAAUACAAGCUUUCUAUAACAUAUAUUCCAUACCUAUUCUUUUGUAAAUGUAAAUUACAACUUACAUUAUUUUAUUCAGUCUCAGAACUAAUAGAUUACUGCUUGAAAUAUUUACAAGAUCUGAUAUACCGUUACAGAUAGAAGUAUGUUUUAUUUAAACGCCAUGUAUGGAAUUUGUUACAUAUUUUAUAUUCACAAUUAGAAUCUCAGUUCAUAUGUACAUGAUUAUAGUUAUUCAUUCUUGACAUUUUUACAACAAAUAUCAUUUGUUGUAAUUAUAUUGCACUAGUAUAAUGCUUGUUUUGUGAUUUUUAUUUAAAUAAUUUGUUUCCAUUUGUUAUCAUAUUUAACACAAUCUGUUACAUUUUAUGUUACUGACAUGUAGUAGUAUACUUUUAUAUUUGUUGAAGGUAUUUGUUACUCUUCUUGGAGUUGAAUAAGAAAUGAAAAUUGGUAUAUAAUGAUAGGCAACUGAUCGCUCAUAAAAUGUUUUCCUUUUACAUUAUACUUUCAGUAUGUCUUUAAGUAUCUUUUACACUGUGAGUAUAUUUUAAUUAUUAAGCUUAUACAGUUUUAUAUUGACAAAUUUGAGAAAGCAUAAAGAAGUAAAUUAAAAAAAAAAACAAAAAAAUAUAAAAAGAAUAGAUCAAAAGCAUCAACAAAGUAAAGAGAAUGUACUAAUGACAUAUAAU